UGCCAGCGCGCACGCUCACGCCGCGGAGGGGCCCCCCGACGACGACGCAGACCUGCUGGCGGCCGGCAGCGCGGCGGCCGCGGCGGCGGGCGUGCCGCUGGCGCUGCGGGAGGCGCUGGAGGGCCUGGCGGAGCGCGAGAUGGAGCGCGGCGCGCUGCACCGCACGCGCUACGAGCUGGAGAACCUGCGGCUGCUGACCGACCAGAUCAAGCGGCGCGAGAGGGUCAAGCGCUUCGUGGCGCAGGCGGCCGCCGACUGGCUGACCGCGCUGCUCGACGGCGCAGACGAAGGCGGGCCCGCGGCGGAUGCCGCGCGGGCGGCGUUUGAGGCGGCGGCCGCGGCGCCGGAGGGCGCGCUGGGGCUGGGGCGGCUGCCGGGGCCGCCGGUGAUGGGGUACGGCGGCAGCGAAGCGUUCGACCCGGAGCGGCAGCGCCAGCUGCUUGCGCAGGAGCUGGCGUCUCAGCAGAUUGCCCAGCUGCAGGCGCAGGAGGACCUGCUUGUGCAGCAGCAGCAGCAGCAGCAGCAGCAGGAGCAGCAGGAACACCUGCAACAGCAGCAGCAACAGCAGCAGCAGCAGCAGCUUCAGCAGCAGCAGCUGCAAGAAAAGCAGCAGCAGCAAGAAAAGCAGCACCUUCUUCUGCAGCAGCAGCAACAGCAGCAGCUGCAGCAGCAGCUGCAGCAGCAGCAACAGCAGCACCAGCAACAGCAGCUGCAAGUGCAGGCACAAGUACAGGAGCAGGCUCAGAUGCAGCCGGCCCCGCCGCAGCCACUAAUGAGCUUCCCGGCACAGCAGCAGCAACCUCAGCAGGCGCUGGCGCAGACGCAGGCCCUGCCUCCGCUCCCGCUACCGCCGCCGCAGCAGCAGCAGCAGCAGCAGCAGCAGCAGCAGCAGCAGCAGCAAGCGCAGCUCCCACACUUCCAGCAGCAGCCCAUGCCAUUUCAGAUGCAGCACCAAUUUGCUGCGCCCCAGCAGUUGCUGUUGCUGCAGCAGCAGGGGGCAAUCCUGCCCCUCCAGCCCCUGCAGGCGCAGCAGCUGCUGCAACAGCAGCACUCGGGGGCGCUUCCUUCCUUCGCCCCAAUGCAGCAGCUGUCCGGGGCUCAGCAGGCGCAACAGCAGCAGCUGCUGCUGCAGCAACACCAGCGGCUCCUCCACGACCAGCAGCUGCUGCAGCACCAGCACCAGCUGCUGCAGUCACAGCAGCUAUUGCAGCAGCAGCAGCAGCAGCAGCAGCAGCACCAGCAGGCGGCAGCUGCGGCUGUGGCUACGGCUGCCGCCGCUCCUGGGGCGCCAGGGCACUUGUUGCUGCUGCAACAGCAGCAGCAGCAGGCAGCCGGCCAGGCCCUGGAGCUCGCGUUUGCUCCCGCGCCUGCGGGGCACAUGCCCCCCCAACAGCAGUCGCGGCCGCCGGCGCUCGUCCUCCCGCCAACGCCCAGCACCGGGGCCCAGCUGCUCCACCUGGCGUUUGGCAUGCCCUCGCAGCAGCAUAAGCAGCAGCAGCGCUCGCGCGCCGCCACACCGGGCCCGUCGGCGCCGCCGUCGCGCCGCGGCUCGGUCGCGCUGGCAGUGCCGUCGCCGGCGGGGCGGCCGUCUGUGGACGAGGCGACCGACCUAGCUAUUGCCAGGAUGCUGCAGGAGGAGGAAGAUGAAGAGGCGCGCGCGGAGGCCGCUCGCCACCCGCCGCCCCCGCCACGCACCACCGCGACCGCGGCCGCCGCCGCGGCCGAGGGCAUGGCGGCCGCGGCGGCGGUCGCGGCGGCGGGCGGCGCCAAGCGGCGGCGGAGCGAGCCGGACGGGCAGCAGGCGGCCCAGGGGGCCGGGGGCAGCGACAGGGCGGCUGCAGUGGCUGUGGCGGAGGGCAACGGGCUGGGCAUGUCAAUCCCAAAGAAGCGGCGACAGCAGCAGACACAGCCCAACGCUCGCGCCCACGCGCAGCUGCCUGUCCCUCCGCCACCCAGUGCCGGCGACGUGCGGCGGCAGCAGGCGCAGCAGCGGGCGCGGCCGAGCGUCGGCGACACAUUGUCGUCGCAGCGGGACGGGCAGCAGGCCGACGACGCUCAGCAGCAGCACCAGCAGCAGCAGCAGCAGCAGCAGCAGCAGCAGCAGCAGCAGCAGCACGAAGCCACGGCAGGCUUGCGAAAGCGAAGCCGGUCGGACGCCGCGAGCCCCACGGGUGCCGGCAGCGGCAGUGCCAGCGGCAGCGAGGCAGACGGCGAGGAUGACGGGGACGGCGAGGACGAGGCCGAGGGCGAACGCGAGCAGGGGGAGGGUGGCGCCACGCGCAAGCAGAAGCGGAAGCCACGCGGCAUGGGCGGCGCUGCGGCGGAGCUGAAGCAGCUGCAGAUGGACAACGCGCCCACGCCCGCGGCGCGCUCGCGGCGCAGCUCGCGGGACGGCG